UUCAGUUGUGCUUUGUAUGCAGCCAUUGACUGUUGUGUAUCGCGUGGGAAUAAGUUUGAACGUUUAUUUUUUACAAUAAUUGUCAUUUCAAGCCAUGAACAACCGGAGCGUUAAAAAAUGUGUUUAUUUUUCUUAACCGUCGACGUCGAUUUUUAACCGUGUAUGGUGUUCGCUUUUAAGUUCAUGGAGAUGUCUGCAGAAACGGCUACCGCCAUGAAGCCGAAGAGGUUUCCUUCUAUUUUCAAGAAAAUCAUGAUUUCAAGGCUAAAGAGUAUUUCGAAAGAUGCAAAUUCGGCCGUGAAAGCACCGAACAAGAAAACAUCGGCUAAUAGAAAACCACAGCCGCCGCCGCCGCCGGUCACUACAGUUGAAAGGGAUUCGGACCCCAAAAGAUUUCAACGGCCGGCCACGGCAACACUGGAUAAUUCGAUGGUCCCGCAGGACAACGGGACGUCGCGGCCACCGGUGACGCCUUCGGUAGUCAAACGUCCGUCGGCGGCGCAUCACCAGCAGUUGAACAGCAGAACGUACCGGAUCAAAACCAAAGACCGGAAGAGCGUGCUGAGCCUGCCGGAAGUACAGGCCAAAGUGCAGCAACAGCAACAGCAGGCGUCUAAGAAGAAGAGUUAUUUGCCGGUCAAGGUCAAAACGGGCGUUACCAAAAAACAGGCGCCGCAGCCACCGGUGCGCGUUCAACCGACAACGGCCGCUCCCGCUCCGGCCGCCGCUCCAGCACAGGAAACAACCACGGGAUACAGACCCGAAAAUUGGGUACCGACGGCCGUGAGUUCGGCCAGGAAAAAGAGACUAGUCCUGUGCUACCUGUGCGGCAAGGAAUUCGGCACAGCUUCGUUGCCGUUCCACGAGCCACAGUGCCUUAAGAAAUGGAUCCUGGAAAAUUCUCAAUUGCCGGAACAUUUACAGAGAGCGACCCCGCAAAAACCGGAAGGAAAUGAAACGGUUUCGGCCGAAGAUUGGAAUCGGCUUGCAUGGGAAGCUACACAGUCAAAUUUGGUGCCAUGUGAUUAUUGCCAACGCAAGUUCCUAGCAAGUAGACUUGAAGCUCAUACCAGGGUUUGCAUCGAAGCCAAAAAGAAGUACCACAUUUCAUCCGUAAACAAAUCACAGCGGCCGCCGGCCAAGCCUUCUAUGGACAAGCAACCGAAAAAGAAGCCACAACCGUGCUAUGUUUGCGGUCGCCUGUUCGGUUCGGCGUCCAUUGGAAUACACGAACCCCAGUGCUUGAUCAAGUGGACCAGAGACAACGAUAGCUUGCCGCCACAUCUCAGAAGACCUGUGCCCACCAAACCGGAAAUUAUCAUCGAUGCAGCGACGGGCCAAGUGGAUCAACAGGCCACUAGAGAAGAAUACUGGAAGACGUACUUAUCUCAGCUGGUGCCGUGUGAUCGAUGCCAACGGACUUUCGACCCGGACCGUCUGGAAGUGCACCAGCGGAGUUGUAAAGGAAUCACGACCAAAUAGAAAACAAUAGAACAGCUAUUAUUCCAAUCGUGCACAAUAGCAUAAUAAUAUGCUUAUCGACAAGCGGAUAAUCGAUGCUGACCAUUCUACACUUGAUCGACAUUUCCUACCUUCAUAACGGUUACCUAUACAAUUACUUGCAAGAGUUUUCAUCAUGCCACUAUUAUAAUUUUAAUAUUCAAUAAAAUAUAAUAUAAAUAAGAUUUACUCCUACAACUCGUCUUGUAUAUAUCGCCCACUGGAUUUUUUGUUUUUGAACAUAUUACUCCUAACUUACUGUUAAUUGGUAAAAAUAUUAUUUAAAAAUAACAUAUUUAUAAAUUAAAUUAUUUUAUUUAUGGCCAAAAAAUAAAUACAAAUAAUUUAAAAAUGUUCGUCAACUAGGCUUCAAAAUAAGUCAUCAAUGGCAAAUAAAAAUUAUUGUAAAACUUAUGUUCUGUCUAAGGUUAAUAAACUGUCAUCCAUUCUCCUUGA